AUGCAUUCUACCUCGCUUCUCGUUGCUGCCUUCGCCGCCGUCGCCGCCGCGACUCCCAUGGGAUCCGGACCCGGCUCUUACACCGCCAGCCAAGCCUGGACGACCAGCUACCAGACCGCUCCGUCGGCCUCACACGCCCCAUCCUCCUACCCCAGCGGCGGCUCCCCCUCAGCCGUGUCGACCGGCCUGCUCGGCAACCCGGAUGCGACGCCUAACCCCAAGCCCACGGCCGGCACCAUCGCCAAGCUCCUGACCGAAGACACCCGGGUCGACCGCUUCACCGAGAUCCAGGCUGAAGUCGCGGCCGGCAACUUCAACCUCAAGUUCGACUUCAACCCCAACGCCAACCCGCCCAACCCAGCGGCGCUCCCGCUCGGCGGCCAGGUCGACCUCGCCAACCGCAAGAACUUCCCACUCCUGACGGGUCUGGGCAUCUCCGCGGCAGGCAUCUUCUUCGAGCCCUGCGGCUUGAACACGCCGCACAUCCACCCGGACGCGACCGAGUUCUUCACCGUCGUCACCGACAACAACAUCUCUACCGGGUUCGUGCUCGAGAACGGCUUCACCACCGAGCAGCGCACCAACCUGACGCUCUUCCAGGGCACUGCCUUCCCCAUGGGCAGCAUCCACUGGCAGCAGAACCUGGACUGCAAGCCUGCGGUCGCCAUCGCCGGCCUCAACUCCGAGGACCCCGGCGCCAGCUCCAUCGCCCAGAACUUCCUCAUCAACACCAGCGCCGAUAUCGUCGACGCUGCCCUCGGCUUCCCCAAGCAGAUCGACCAGAACAACUUUGCCGACUUCCGCGCCAACAUCCCUGUCUCGCUGGCCCGCGGUGUCGAGGAGUGCCUGAUCCGCUGCGGCCUCAAGUACUAA